AGAUACACGCAAAUCGUCUUCCACAGUUUCGAUAAGGACGGUGACGAUUUCGUCAGCUUCAGCGAUCUUCGUCUUUCACAGCAUCGAUCGUGAACGGCAUGGUCGAUCAGCUCUCUUGGAUAUUUGGAUGAGCAGUAAUCGCUAUUCUACGAUUUUGAUGGAGACGGUUGCAUCACGAAGCGAGAAAUGUUGGUCAUAAUAUCCGUGAUUUAUGAGAUGGUGCAGGACGCGCAGACCAUCCAGCCCGCAGUUAACAUCCAGGUGGACAAGUUCUUCAAGGAGAUGGACACAGACAGAGACGUAAUAGUCACCAGGGAGGAAUUCAUAAGCGGUUGUAAAAAUGAUACCAUUAUAUACAACCAGUUGAGUUUAUUUAAUAAGAUUUGGUGACCGAAUGAAAACAUCCUUCAGAGAUUAACGAGCAAUUUAUCCACACAUGCGUAAAGCCAUUAAAAUACUUGUAAAAACUCACCC